AUGGUGCACACCUACAUAGUUCCAGUGAAGCGUGACAUUCAGGAAAAUGAUGAGGAAGCAGUUCAGGUCAAAGAGCAAAGCAUCCUUGAACUGGGGUCUCUUCUGGCGAAGACUGGACAAGCUGCAGAGCUUGGAGGACUCCUGAAGUAUGUACGACCCUUCUUGAAUUCUAUCAGUAAGGCUAAAGCUGCCCGCCUGGUCCGAUCGCUUCUUGAUCUGUUUCUUGAUAUGGAAGCAGCUACAGGGCAGGAGGUUGAGCUGUGUUUAGAAUGCAUUGAAUGGGCCAAAUCAGAGAAAAGAACUUUCUUACGCCAAGCUUUGGAGGCAAGACUGGUGUCUUUGUACUUUGAUACCAAGAGGUACCAGGAAGCGUUGCAUUUGGGUUCUCAGCUAUUGAGAGAGUUGAAAAAGAUGGAUGACAAAGCUCUUUUGGUGGAAGUACAGCUCUUGGAAAGCAAAACAUACCAUGCCCUGAGCAAUCUGCCGAAAGCCCGAGCUGCCUUAACCUCUGCUCGAACCACAGCAAAUGCUAUCUACUGCCCCCCUAAACUUCAGGCCACCUUGGACAUGCAGUCAGGUAUCAUCCAUGCAGCAGAGGAAAAGGACUGGAAAACUGCAUACUCAUACUUCUAUGAGGCUUUUGAGGGUUAUGACUCCAUCGAUAGUCCCAAGGCCAUCACAUCUCUGAAGUACAUGUUGCUGUGCAAAAUCAUGCUCAACACACCAGAAGAUGUCCAGGCUUUGGUGAGUGGGAAGCUUGCACUUCGGUAUGCAGGGAGACAGACAGAAGCAUUAAAAUGUGUGGCUCAGGCUAGCAAGAACAGAUCGUUGGCGGAUUUUGAAAAGGCCUUGACAGAUUACAGAGCAGAGCUCCGGGAUGACCCAAUCAUCAGCACACACUUGGCCAAGUUGUAUGAUAACUUACUGGAACAGAAUCUGAUCCGAGUCAUUGAGCCCUUUUCCCGAGUACAGAUUGAACAUAUAUCUAGCCUCAUCAAACUCUCUAAGGCUGAUGUGGAAAGGAAAUUAUCACAGAUGAUUCUUGACAAGAAGUUUCAUGGGAUUUUGGACCAGGGUGAGGGUGUCCUGAUUAUAUUUGAUGAACCCCCAGUAGAUAAAACUUAUGAAGCUGCUUUGGAAACAAUUCAGAACAUGAGUAAAGUAGUGGAUUCCCUCUAUAACAAAGCCAAGAAAUUGACAUAGAGUUGGAUCUGUAGCGGUUCUUUGGAGAGUGUGUGUGGCGGGAGAGUGAAACCUUGGGGGAAAGUGCUAGGAGUUUCUUUUUUCUUUUUGUUCUACUUUUCGCUUGGAAAGUUUUUAAAUCCUCAUUUGGUGCAUCUGUAUUCCAGCCAAUCGGUGUGCCAGUUUUCAUGUAAUCUUUACUGGCCCAACUUGGGAGUGGGGAAAUUGCUUUAAAAAAAAAAAAAAAAAAAAAAAAAAAAAAAAAAAAAAAAAAAAAAUUUAAAAUAAAAGGAACAAAGGCUUACACUACCUAAAGCUGUGCUCUCUGCCUCCUGGGAGAGGGCUGCAAAGCCAGGCACCACCACGGGGUCCUGAUCCACCCGUUGGGCGUCACCUCUCCUCUUCAGAAUUGGGUGUUUGCUGACCAUCAAAAGCAAUGACUUUUUAUUCUGUUUGUACUGAACCAAAACAACAACUGUGUAUAGACUGCUGUUUUCUUUUUAUUUGAAAUGAGGCGUUUUGGUGUUCUCUCCCCUGCCAUUCGGCCUGUCUGCCUGUCCCUCUCCCUCCUGACACGGCUCCCACAGAAGAGCUGAAGGUCCCACAGCCGCCGCUGCCACCGCCGCCACAGCCACAGCAGCAGCAGCAGCAGCAGCAGCAGCAGCUGCACGGCUCCACUCUGGCCUGCAAAGGAGAGGACAAGAUCAGGAGCUGGUGCCACCAUGGCCACAGGGAGCAGUGUGGGCCCUCAGCCCCCAGGGGGCCUGUUGUGCAUGUGGCUUUUUUUUUUUU